UAAUUUGUAAGCGUUCGACGUGUAUUAAUACCGACUCAAACUGUUUUAAGUCCCAAAAGAGAAAAAAAAAAGGAAUUCUGGGAAAGUUGAAGAAGAAGAGAAAAUCAAAUCAGAAUGGAAGUGUUUAGCUUUGAGAAAAAGAUUAAGCAUUACAGCAGCUAUCAGAAGAUACUCUUAGCCGGAGAAGGAGACUUCUCUUUUUCUGUUUGCUUAGCUAGAGCUUUUGGCUUGGCUGUCAACAUGGUUGCGACUUCUCUCGACUCCAGAGAGUCUUUGAUGCUGAAUUAUUCAAAAGCUAUGAGCAAUGUGAAGGAGUUAGAGGCCAGGGGAUGCAAAGUAUUGCAUGAGGUGGAUGUCCACAGCAUGAGCCAACACCCUUUCUUGAUUAGGGUAUGCUUUGAUCGCAUAAUCUAUAAUUUUCCUCACGCCGGUUUCUUUUCUUCUGAACGCAACAGGUUACAAAUUUGGUUUCAUCGGGAUUUGGUCAGGGGAUUCCUCAAGAAUGCAUGCGAAAUGCUGACUGCUAUAGGAGAAAUUCAUGUGACACACAAGACAACAUUUCCUUUCAGUGAAUGGAAAAUAGUGGAGUUAGCAAAAGAGGUUGGGUUAUAUCUGGUUGAUGAAGAACAGUUCUCACUAUUGGAUUAUCCAGGUUAUGAAAAUAAGAGAGGAGCUGGGAUGUGUGAUAAAACUUUUCAUGUUGGAAUGUGUAGCACCUUCAAAUUUGCCAAGCUGUUGUACAGUUCUACCACUUCAUGGUCUGGAUGUUCUGGAAUUAAUGGUCCUCACAUGCAACGGGACGAAUACCUCGGUAGGGUGGGUGCAAGUAAAAUCAUGUUGCAUCAGAAUUUUGUGAUGGGAUACUUGAAUAGUUCCAGUGAGAUGCACAGGGCUUCAUAUCCUUUCAGUGACUGGGAAAUGGAGAAGUUAACAAAAGAGGUUGGCUUGUUUUUGGUUAAAGAAGAAGAGUUCUCACCAUGGGACUGUUCAUGUGCUGCUUCCAGUUUCCACCCUGGUACUUUGACCAUUAGUUUAUGGUCAGUUGACAUAGUAGAUAUGGCUUGUUCUUAUUUAGAGAGCUUGGAAAGGAAGAAGCCAAAGCAUGGCCACAAGAAUUUGAGACCUCCAUAAGAUUUGAAGAUUUCCAAUAUCACAAUCCUGACUACCGUUGUUAGAGCAUCUAAGGAAAAUGUCAAAUGUAAAAUAUUAAAUUGAAAUUCUUGUAAAAAUAUAUAUAUAAAUAUAUAAAAUUGA